CACAAAUGGGUGCCGAAAUAGCCGCACUGGUCUCAUCCCGCUUCUCACUUUCGCUCUGCUUCUGGAGAACUGAGUAGUAAUCACUCCCCAUUCGAGCUGUCCCAGGACAAAAAUUCAUAGAAGACGAUUUGGAGGUUCAAUUAUGUGAACACUGAAAAUGGCUUUGUCUCUACCAUUGUCAAACCAAAGUGAUAGGUCCCAAAUUCUGCUCACUUCAAACUUCCUCCCACAAGCACCUCCACUGAAACCUAAUCCCUGCAACAGAGUUCGUAACUACAGCAGCAAAGCCAAAAUCCCAUCUAUUAAUGUUGCCUAUUCAUCUAAACAUGUUCGUGCUCCACAAUUAGACAAUCAUGUGGUGAAGCAGAACAAGAUACGUUUUGUGUUGAAGUUGAAAACCCUUCUCCUUUCAAAACCAAAACACUAUAUGCCGCUCCACAUUCUAUCUAAGUGCCGGUCCUACCUAUCUUUGUCGAAGCCUCACUCCAUCCUUUCUAUGAUCCAUCGUUACCCAUCCAUAUUUGAACUCUUCACAAUACCAACGCCCCCCACACCUCUCAAUGCAACAAAAUCAACGUCUCAACUCUGUGUGCGCCUUACUCCAGCUGCAGAAGCCAUAGCGACUCAAGAAUCCAGCCUUAAAUCAGCUAUGUCCAUGUCCUUGGCCACCAAACUCCAGAAACUUCUCAUGUUCUCUUCUCAUCAUCGUCUCCUCUUAUCAAAGCUGGUUCACAUUGCCCCAGAUCUUGGCCUACCCCCUAAUUUUCGAUCUUGCCUGUGCAAUAACCACCCAGACAAGUUCAAAACUGUUGACACCUCCUAUGGCCGUGCACUUGAGCUUGUCUCGUGGGACUCACAUCUGGCCAACCCUUUAUCUUCUCCUGGAGAUAAGUCCCUUGGGUUGAUAAUAAAUAGGCCCUUGAAAUUCAAGCAUUUGAGACUUCGAAAGGGGCUUAAUGUCAAGAGACAUCAUCAGGAGUUUCUGAUCAAGUUUGGAGAAUUGCCAGAAGUGUGCCCGUACAAAACUAAAGUGGGAGAGUUGGUGAAAGAGUCUAUUGAGGCUGAGAAGAGAGCUUGUGGUGUAGUGAGGGAGGUCUUGGGAAUGAUGGUUGAGAGGAGGACCUUGGUAGAUCACUUGACACAUUUCAGGAAGGAGUUUGGUCUGCCCAACAAGUUGAGGGGCAUGCUCGUGAGGCACCCAGAGUUGUUCUAUGUCAGUUUGAAGGGGCAAAGAGACUCUGUCUUUCUGGUGGAGGCCUACAAUGAUAAGGGGGUACUUCUGGAGAAGGAUGGAAGUUUAUUGAUAAAAGAUCACCUGAUGGAGUUGGUUAGAGAAGGGAAGAGGAUGAGAAGAGAGAGAAGAAAGGGUGACAUUAACAAAAAUGUUGAUGACUGUGAUGAAGAGGAUGAAAACGAUCUUGAUGAUAUUUCCAAUGAUUAUGAUGGUUAUGGUGAUAGUUUGGAUGAUAUAUUUGAGUCUGAAGAUUCUGGUGUGGAGGAUGUUGACGAUGGUGAUUAUGAUGAGGAUACCAAGUUGUGGGCACUGAGGGAGAAAGGGGAGUUGUGGACUGCCAAGGCUGCUGCUUUGCUUCACAGGGAGAGUGGACAUUCAGAACCUUGGUAAUAUUAUCCAUGACCAUGUGCAUAACUUUUGGAAUUGGUUUUGAUGACGUUGCAAAGUAGUUAUAACGUGGAGAAAAAUUGCUUCGUGUAGUGUUCUUAUCUUUGCCAAACCUAAGCGCUUGGUUGGUGACACUAUUAUGACUGGUGAUGCAGCAAAUGUUGAAAGCAGCAAUCAAACUCACCAAGAUUGAUAGAAGUGGCACAUUUUCUCCAACAAGACCUAAGCCCAUUGUAAAAACUAUAGUAAACUUAGUUUUUACAUUAGUGCUACAUCCUAUUUGUUGCUCAGUGAACUCUUUCCUCAACUGUUUGCCUUGGUAUGGGAAAGGUAACGAAGCUGGACUAUUAGUUGACGUCCUUGGUCAUAAACUGGAGGUAGACGGCCUUAGGUUGCGGCAUUAGGAUCGAUUGGGAAUAUUGUAUGGGAAAGGAAACGGGAAGUGCUCCUUCAAAACAUAGGCUUGCUCUUCCUCCUUGGCCAGCCUUUCGUCUGUUUCAGUAGCAGCUGAGCUUUGCUUGAACACUCCUUCAGGGAAGACAAAAAAAAUGGUAUGCUACAAUUAUGUAUCACAGGAAGCAGUAUAUAGAUGCUUGCUUAUAAGUCAUCCAACUUUAGUGUGAGUGUACAUGAAAUCAUCUCCUUCAAUAUCAAAAUGACAAUGGGGAAUGUGUCACAUAUACUACUUCGUAAUAGAGGUUCUCA